AUGGCGGACAGCUCCUCUUUCCCGGGUACCAACCCUUUUCUUAAGCUCGGCACCAAAAGCAGCACCUCUUCCUUUCAAAAGAUCUCCGAGGACGACGAGUACGAGGUGACGUCACCAACCGAUUUGACCUUUAAAUCUGCCAAUGCUGGUGCAGCUCCAGCUUCAGCAGGCAAUGUUCUCUUUGGAGGCAGUAGUUUCGGUGGGGGAAGUGGGGGAGUGCAGUUCGGUAGGAGCCCGUUUGAUACUGGAUCGGGUGACGGGAAUGAGGACGAGCACAACUAUAAUGAACCCCCCGAGGCCUCCCGUCCUAUCGGAGGCGUGAACCAAGGCUUCCCCAACAACUACGCGCUGGGUCGUCGUACAUCCGUCUCUGCAGAGUCUCUGAAUCCCACGUCGGCCGGCUCCGAUAGCUGGACACCUCCUUUCCACCAAAAGACAGAAGAGCAGCUGGCUCGGUUGAAGACGGCCGUCAGCAGCAACUUCCUCUUCUCCCAUCUGGAUGACGACCAAUUCAAGACGGUUCUCGACGCCCUUGUCGAGAAGCCCAUCCCCGCCAAGGGUAUUAAAGUGAUUACACAGGGCGACGCAGGUGACUACUUUUACAUUGUGGAAGAGGGCCACUUUGAUAUCCACAUCCAUCCUUCGGGUUCAGUACAGCCAGGACCUGAUGGAAUGGGCAACAAGGUCGCCUCUACCGGACCCGGGGGUUCUUUUGGAGAGCUGGCUCUCAUGUACAAUGCUCCUCGAGCGGCAACGGUCGUGUCAACUGACCCCAAGAGCACUCUCUGGGCCUUGGAUCGCAUCACAUUCCGACGCAUUCUCAUGGACUCGGCAUUCCAGCGACGUCGCAUGUACGAGGCGUUUUUGGAAGAAGUCCCGUUGCUGUCAUCCCUCAAACCGUACGAGCGUGCAAAGAUUGCCGACGCCCUGGAUACGAUCAAGCACCCAGCAGGAGCCAAAAUCAUUACCGAGGGUGACCCGGGUGAUGCCUUCUAUCUGCUGGAGUCGGGUGAGGCAGAGGCGUUUAAAGAGGACGUGGAAGGACCUGUCAAAUUCUACAAGCGCGGUGACUACUUUGGAGAACUUGCUCUGUUGGACGACAAGCCACGAGCUGCUAGCAUCAUCACUAAGACCGAUGUCAAAGUCGCAAGGCUGGGCCGUGAUGGAUUUAAGCGGUUACUAGGACCAGUGGAGGAUAUCAUGAGACGAGCCGAAUACGAAGCCCGGCCAUCAUCAUCUUCGUAA